UCAACCACUUCCGGUUUCUGGAAACCAGCAGCGCUCGCUCAUUAGUUCCGACCUAACCAACCAAACAAAGCUCAGCGGGAGCUCUGUCCCCAGCCCAGGCACAAACAUCUCGUCCUCUGAAUGAGAACCCGCUCGGCCCGCUCAACCGCCUCCAACCGUUUCUGUAUCGUCCGCUUUCUGGCGACCGGAUUGUGAUUUCAGCCGCUGCGCAACGAGCGGAGCUAACUUUGCCUCCGCCGCCAUCCAGUCGGAGCUCCUCCACCCGCUGCUGGACGGAGAUGACGAGCCAGCUGCUGGGCAGCGUGUCAGCCUCGAAACGGGCCUGGUAGGCGGGUGUGAGAAGCGGUUUGGCUCCCUGCUGGAAGCGGGACGUGAUCGGAUGUUUAGAGAGAUUGGGGGAGUGACGCUAGCAACCAGCUCCCUCAGCCGCCCGGUGACUCCCUGACUGAUCGCCUCGCCGCCAUGAGUGCCAUGCGCGUGGACGCCAAGGUGGUGAUGCUGGGAAAGGAGAGCGUGGGGAAGACGAGCCUGGUGGAGCGAUACGUCCACCACCGCUUCCUGGUGGGGCCGUACCAGAACGUGAGUCCAGCUGCUCUGCGGUUUGUGGCCUCAGAGGAAAGUCAGAGCUGUCGGGUCACGACCAUCGGCGCUGCGUUUGUGGCCAAACCCAUCCAGGUCGCAGACAGAGUCAUCACUCUGGGGAUUUGGGACACGGCCGGAUCGGAGCGCUACGAGGCCAUGAGCCGGAUCUACUACCGAGGAGCCCGGGCCGCCGUGGUCUGCUACGAUCUGACGGACAGCAGCAGCUUCCAGAGAGCCAGGUUCUGGGUGAAGGAGCUGCAGAACUGUGAGGAGCACUGUAAAAUCUACGUGUGCGGCACAAAGAGCGACCUGAUCGAAGGGGAGCGCGCUCUGCGUCAGGUCGACUUCCACGACGCGCAGGACUUCGCAGAAGACGUCGGCGCUCAGUAUUUUGAAACUUCCAGUAAAACAGGAAAAAACGUCGAUGAAUUGUUCCAGAAAGUUGCCGAGGAUUUCAGCAGCUCUGCCUUCCAGCUCCUGUCUGAGGAAACCGGCGUCGACUUGGGUCAGAAGAAAGACUCAUACUUUUACUCCUGUUGCCAUGGAAACUGACGCAGGAAGAGCGGACGGAGGGUUCCUCUGCACCGUCAGUCUGGGUCUGCUGGCAGCCAAUCACAGAGCAGAACCCAGACUCCAUCUUUGUUUUUCUUUGUGAUCGCAGCAGAAGAGACGGAAACGCUCAUCGCACAAACACUGAGGAGAAGAAGGAGGUUGGUUUACGUUCAACAGCCUCACUUCGUCCUUGUUUACGACUUUUUCUGCCACGACAGCCAUGGAUGUACGAAGAAAAGCAACACUCAGCCUUCGUUGGUCUCAGAUUGCUACAAAAUCCACGUUUUCUGACAGAAAAACUGCAACUUCAGUCAAAGGAAACCAGUUAUUAGAUUCUUCUCUGAAUAGCCGCCAUGUUUCUAAGCUGUGCUCUGAAUAACAAACCGAGCUGAAAAACAAUCCGACAGUUAAAGCAACGUCUAAAACAUGAAGGUUUACGAUUCCUCAAGUUAUUAUAUAGCAAAACACUAACGUACGUUUUGACUUUCCAUCACAGCAGAGAGUUAUCAAGCUGGUUGCCGGUUGGUGUUGGUUGCCGGUUGGUGUUGGUUGCCGGCUGGUGUUGGUUGCCGGUUGGUGUUGGUUGCCGGCUGGUGUUGGUUGCUGGUUGCCAUCAGACUCAUGUCUGCGUUGCUGGUACUGCAUGAGCUGCCUGACAGGAAACCUCCACGAUCUGAUCAGAUCAUUCAGAAGUUGCCGGCCGGUCUGUGGGGUUGCAGUCGGUCAAAGUUUCCUUUCUCAGUUUGACCCAAACUGGAAAAGCUUCCUGCUGAAUGUUGUGACGUAAAAACUGUCGUUUGCAGCUGAGUUUGACUUUUGAUUUGCUAAGUUAUUGUUGCCUUUUAAGUUGAGCUGCAGGGUGAAUUUUGUUCAUGUUUUACGUUUCAUGACAUUUUGAUGCACAGUAUUUUUUAUCAAAGGCUGGUAAAGUUGUUCAGAUUAUUUAAAAACAAAAACUUCCUGAAUGAACAUUUUGAAAUGAGGGCGGAGCUCCAGCUCCGUUACUCUGUAUAAGUUUUAAUAAAUAAACACUAAAGAAAUCAUGAAACUUUU